GUCUCUUUCAGCUUAAAGCUGAGAUGCGUUUGUUUGGCUAAACAGCGUCUGGGUGACUGAGAAUCUUUCUAAAGGGACCAAAAGUUUGGGAUUUUGAUUGAACUUGAACUCCUCUAACAGGGAGACCACACCUGGGCAACCAUGUUGGGACAGAGUGUGCGUUUGCAGCCGGUUCCCAUCCAGAGCCUGUCAGAGCUGGAGCGCGCCCGGUUACAGGAAGUGGCAUUGUACCACCUGGAGGAGAGGGACUUGGACUUUAAGAUUAGCAUCCCCAGAGAAAUACGCAAACGAAGAAAGUCUCUACGCAGGAGGUUUGACUCCUUCUCCAAAGAAAAGAAAGAGCGAGAAGAUGCUCCCAAGGCAUUCGGCAUCCCGCUUUCCCAGGCGAUUGCCAACGACCAGGCGUACAAGCGGCGUCAGGACGCCCUGAAGGAGAGUAGGCGCGACUGUCUGGACCUGGAGGCCAGCGUCUUGCGCUUCAGAGCUGAGAAGAGGCAGUUCUUCAAUGGGAACAAACCUCUAGGGAGCUCGUCGUCCAUCACAGGAGGAGGGCCCGGCUCACCGUCUGCAAACUCAGUUGCUCCAGCACCGUGUUUUGAUACCCAGAGCAAACCGCUGUCGCCCACGUUUAUGGACAACACCAGCAGAGGACAAAGAAGGGGUGGUCUUUCAGUGGACUGCCUUUCCGACCUCGUAGAGAGCCAGUCUCGCCUGUUGGAGGCGCUGCAGCUCUCACACCCCGCGGAACUGGAGUUAAAGAAAUCAGCUUCUGAAGGGAGAACCCAGACCAAGCUGAGCCUCAACCCCAUCUACAGACAGGUGCCUCGAGUGGUGGAGAGGUGCUGCAGUCAUAUUGAGAACUAUGGUCUCCAGACUGUUGGCAUCUUCCGAGUUGGGAGCUCUAAGAAAAGAGUUAGACAGCUGCGUGAAGACUUCGACAUGGGGGUGGACGUCCAGCUGGACGAGGAGCACAGCGUGCACGACGUGGCGGCGCUGCUCAAAGAGUUCCUGAGGGACAUGCCUGAUCCUCUACUGCCUCGAGAGCUAUACCCCGCCUUUCUCCACGCUAACUUGCUACGAGGAGCAGACCAGCUGCAGUACCUCCAGCACCUCCUUUACCUGCUCCCUCCCUGCAACUGCGACACACUGCUGCGCCUCCUCUCCAUGUUGCAGACCGUGCAAAGCUACGCCCAGGACACCAUAGGAACCAACGACGAGGAGAUACCUGGAAACAAGAUGACAGCUGCCAACUUGGCCGUGAUCUUUGGGCCAAACCUGCUUCAGAGGGAGACGGGGGGAGACGUGAGUCCUCAAGCGAUGGGUAUAGAGGACAGCACGGCCAUCAUCAGUAUUACGCUGGUGCUCAUACAGAACUACAAGAGGCUGUUCACGGUGUCUGCAGAGCUUCAGCAGGAGGUCCUGAUGAGUCUGAUCCAGACUGAUCCAGACGUCAUCGACUAUCUCUUACGUAGGAAACUCAGUGGUAGUCACCUGACAGUAGAGGGCAGCAGUGAGUCAGGGGGCAGGCGGGACACUGGGGCCUCUUUAGACUCUGUGGGAGCCUCGAGUGGAAGUUUGUCUCCUCUUGAGCCCCCAUCACCGCUUUUCCCUCCAGAUGGGAAUGGUGGCGAAGGCAGUUUAACUAGUGAGGUCUUCCUCAACGUCCUCAAACUGAACCAGAACAGAAAUCGGCCGGAGGGACGAUACGGUGCUGAGGGCCGCUCUACCAAGUCCAUCCGCCACAUGCGUCAGUUCCACUCCCACCACAACCUGCUCAGCCUAUCCCAGCCUUCCAGCUUGUCCAGAAUGCACAGCCAGGACGGGGACCCCCAGGACCGCCGGGGCGCACUGGGCGCUGCCAUGAGCUUCGCCCUGGGCAGCAGCAGCAGCAGAGGGAGCUGCUCCAGUCUGAGCGGCUCCACCGAGAACAGCAUCUGGGUCAGGCAGAUGCAGUCGGAUGAAGGGAAGUCAUCGCCGGCCGCCAACUUCUGGGACUUUUUCACUGGAAAGGGCUCGAGCUCUGAGACGGUGGUAUGACUAAUGGUGGGAAAAGAUGGAGGAGCAAUAAGGGACAACUGGGUUAGAAUCCCCCCUGAACAAAAUGAUCCAAGGGAGCUUGACUGCAAUACGCUUCACUUCUUGUUUGAAAAAAGUUGCCUCUUGAUUUCCCUCCUUUAAAUGUUAAGCAUUCCAGAGUAUCUAAAUGGAAAAAGGAAAUCUGCAAAACUUUGGGAGGGAAAAAAAAGCGAGAUGAGCAAUAAAUCAUGUUUCUGAAGAGUCUUUGGAUCAGUGCUGUAAAACACUGAUGAGGAGUUUUUAACUCCAGCUAAUGACAAUAACAGAUAUGUGAGAUUACAGAAAUAAAGGCAUUGGUGUACAGAUGUUGUAUAUUUUGUAAGUAAACCAAAAGUGAAACGCACAUAAUCCCAAUUUCUGUUUUACAUACCAGCCCUGCAUGGCCUCCAACACUUCAGCAUAAACCAGAUAUUUUCCAGAUGAAGUACAGAGAUACAUACAAUCCUGUUCUUUUCUCCCUUUAAUGUCAUUUAUCAAAUCAGAAUUCACUUUUCCUGUUUUCGGUCACAUAGGAAACCUUCAUUAUUUAUAUUUCCUAAAGAUCUGAAAAACAAAAGACAGAUUCUGGCACUGGGAGUAUGAUGAUCUGGAAGCUUCAGUUAGGUUAUUUCACACCAGCUGUGGACAUGUUUUAA